AUGGCAUCCGCAGAUGAAAUUAGCAUCACAAAGCUGAAUAAAAAUGACUUUGAUGAAUGGGCUACCCUUUUCAAGGGCUACAUCGACUUCUACCGGGCCUCCAUACCCGAGGAGCAAUAUGAGAAGACAUUUCAACGAAUCCUAGACCCGGAAAGUGACUUGGAUGCUUUAGUGAUGAGAGAGCGUCAAGGGAAAUCUCAAAAGACCAAAAUGGUCGGCAUUGCACACUUCUUCCCUCAACAGACUCCGUGGAGCGAGAAACAGAUUAUGCUUUUGCAUGAUCUCUUCGUUGACCCAUCAUUAAGAGGCAAAGGCCUCGGUCGCAAGAUGAUCCAAGCCGUUGCGGACCUUUCGAAGGAGAAGGGCUGUCUUCGUCUGCAAUGGUAUACAAAGCAUGACAAUGUGCAGGCUCGUCGGCUUUAUGACACGAUGGCGGACGCUUCAUUUGUGCAGUAUCGGAUGGGCCUGUAG